UCGUAUCGACGCCAAGCGGUCGCGCGCAUUUUCCCACCGCUUAUGCCUACCGCUUCCAGUCAUUAACAGUUUUACGCAUUAAAAAACAAAACAGUUUGUGUAUCUGUGUUAUUGUGACGGUUUUUCGGAAGUGAAUAGUUCUUUCAGGACCUCGAACGCCUGUUUUAACCGGUUUCGGCCGGAUAUAACCACUUAGAACAAGCCAGGGUUGCAACACCCGGAGCAUGGGCGAUGGCAUGGCGUGAGAUGGCGCGAGUCGCGUUCGCGCUUGCCGCGCUUUUCGCGGCCGCCUCUUCGCGUGCGCCAACUAAGGAUCCCCUGCAGUUUGAGGCGGCAUUUCAAGGUAGAUGUGGCGAAGGCAGCCCGUGUGAGCAACUCUGCAGAGAGCUCCAUGAUGGUACCUACGAGUGUGGCUGCGGGCCGGGUUAUGUGCUGCACGUCGACGGAUAUGGUUGUUUAGAAUUAAACGCAACCAAAACAACGGAGAACACUGACAAACAUGAGGAUGUCCUCUAUCAGAAAGACGUAUCUUUCUCAGCAGAACUAGAAAUAGCCCCGUCCAAUAGACUUAGUAUAUCUAAUGUAAGCGAAAAACAUAACGUUAUACAAAGACCCGCCACACUGCCAACCCUCUUAAGCAAUGACAUUGAACCUAAUUAUACGUUUACGGGCGAAAGAUCCAAAGAAGUGGAUGGCCUGAAGAGUCUCAUCGAGGACGGAGUUAGUAAAAUAGAUAUUAAUAUCAUAGCCGAUGACAGAAUCAAUGACGCCUUGCUCGAAGCAGCUAAGAUUAAAGUUACGACACUUGGACCUAGUUUAGAGCAAAAAGUGCCGGGAGCUACAUCAUCACCAGAAAGGACAACGGCCGUGGAGAGUUGCGACUGUGACACAUGCAACGGCGCCCGAUGCUCAUGUCCGCUAUCCACUAAAUGCAAACCCAACACUAAAGUAACGACACCUCGUUUUUCGGGAACAUCCUGGCUAGCAUUACGCGCAUUGCGCGGGGCGUACAAGCGAGUACGCUUACGACUGCGAGUACGACCGGAGAGAACGCGUGGCGUACUUCUUCUAACAGGCGAACACGACGAUCUAUCUGGAGAUUACCUCGCACUAAUAUUAAGGAAUGGUCAUGUGGAAUUAAGGUUUGAUUGCGGCAGCGGUGCCGGAGUACUAAGAUCUCCGGAGCCUGUACAUCUCGGUAGAUGGAACACUAUAUCAGUAUACCGACACCGAUGGGACGCGUGGCUGAAGCUAAACAAUGGGAAACGGGUUCGAGGCAGAUCUAAGGGUCUCUUCUCUCGUAUGACCUUCCGUGAACCGGUCUGGGUUGGUGGAGCUGGGAACACAACUGGUCUCCAAAGCAAGCUCGGUCUGUCCGAAGGAUUGCUUGGAUGCGUGGACUUCCUACGCAUUAAUGGUGACACGUACCAUCUCGUUAAAGACGCAGUUUCUAAAUUAGAUGUUUCUGAAUGUGCCCCAACGCUAGCACCGUGGAGACCAAGCGAUGACGUCACCAGUGAAAUACCACACAGAACAAACGACUUAACCCGCGCUAUUUACGACAUCAACGACAUAGUGCACUUCGAAGACAACGAUAUAGUUAUGAGAGAUGCAAAAGAUCACAACAAACUGGACAACUCGAUCGAAUACAAAUACAAUGACGUCAAAUCGCAAUUUAAUGAUAAAAAAUAUAUCGUUAAGAAAAUGCAAUUCAACGAUGACGAUAAAGGCAUUGGUGUUGUUAACGAUGUCAAUAAUGAUUUGAAAGGUGACGAUUUGAAGACCGUUAGAGGUGAUUGCGAAUGUCAACAUGGAGGUGGAUGCGUCGCUCAUAUCUGUCUAUGUCCGUUGGGAUAUGCUGGGGAUAGAUGUGAAAUCACUUUAGAUUUGAAGGUUCCCAAGUUCAACGGAUCUUCAUAUUUGCGUCUACCAGGUCUCGGCAACGCGGCACAGUCGUGGCUUGAGAUAGAGAUUACACUGAAGCCUACAAAUGGUGAUGGAUUGUUACUCUACGAUGCGGAACACCCCAGUGGCGAUGGCGAUUUCUUCUCUUUACACUUACGAGAUUAUUUCGUGGAGUUUGCAUUUGAUCUUGGAUCUGGAAUUGCUCUUGUGAGAUCGGCCUACCCUCUCGAACAGAACAAAUGGCACCGCGUAUCCGUCAGUAGAUCAGGACGUCGCGCGGCACUCCGCGUGCGUUCCCGAGACGCGACCGAGGACGCUACACGCUCGGUGACGUCACGCGGAGCAGCGAGACAUCUUACGCUGAGACAGCCGAUGAUGUUGGGAGGAGCACCGCAUCCGCUGCCACAGAGGCUGGCGCUGCGGACUUCGUUCAGUGGAUGUGUUGGAAGAUUGGUGAUCAAUGAUGAGGAACUGUCAGUAGUGUCUUCAGCAUUAGGAGGCGUUAAUGUUGACAACUGUGACGAACCACACAAUGACACCUGCUCGGAUGCGUUAUGCAAAGAAAUAGUGGACCACGCUCCUUUUUACAACCAGAACAUAACGGGCAACUUACACCACUCUAUUGUCGCGAAAAAGGGCUUCAAAUUGAAAUAUCACAAAGCGAAAACAAAAAAGCACUCCCAGCAUUAUCACAUGGAAAAAUAUAAAAAGAAAAAAUUCGUAGCAAGCAAAAAGUACCAACACAUGCAAAAUGACGUCGAGAAGAAGACUGACGUUAUGACCGAAGGGCCAGUUUACGACGGUCAGACGUACAUGCAAGUCAAAUAUUUGGACACGAAUGAAAUAAAUUGGGGCGACACAAACACGUAUCCAAGUUUCAGCGGAACCGACAGCUUUAUACACAUCGAUGACGAGGAGACUAUAAAGAGACUGCUGAGCUACACGCUGGACAUCAACAUCCGCUUCCGCUCGCAGGCGUCGCGAGGCCUGCUCGUGUGGAGCGGCCGCGCCGCGCCUCGCGGGGACUUCCUGUCGCUCGCCGUCGAGAGCUCCGUGCUCGUGUUCAGAUACGACUUAGGUAGCGGAGAAGUGGUGAUCAUAGCUAAUCACACGAAAGUUGAUGACGGACUUUGGCACAGGGCUCGAGCCACAAGGAACCGACAAGCAGGAGUUCUCGAAGUGGAUGGCUUAGGAUCCGUAGGUAAAAUAUCGCCAGGCAAACUUAAGCAGUUAAACACAGAAAAUGGCCUCUAUAUAGGGGGUUUACCAGCAAUAGAAAUGAACACAAUGGGGAAAUAUAAGAAUGGCUUAAUCGGCUGUGUCUCGCAAAUAUCUCUGAGUGGAGAUUUUGAUAUUCCACUAUCAUUAUCUAAAUUACCUCACACUAUCACGAAUAACGUGGGACGCUGCACACCAUAAACUCAACGUUUAAAUGAACCUGAUUCAUUUAUAUGAAACACCAAGUAUGUACAUUUAUUACGAAAAUGAUUUCAUAUAUUUUUUGGUUCAUUUAAACAUGUUGGUGGUUAACGAACUGAUUUAAUAACAUAUUUGUUAUUAUUUUAGUUUUCGAACGUUCGUGUCAUUUUUUGUUUAAACGUAAUUUUUAUCGUUGGAACUCCGAACUUAACAUAUCAAUUAUAUUAACAUCGGAGGCAAUAAUAUAAGUGUUUAAUGUCAAUGUAACUAUUCGAGUUAUAGACACGAGAUAACUUGUAUUUUAUACGAAAAACUUUAGUCAAUUUAGAAAAGAAAAAAAAAACUGAAAACUCCUUAAAUAUUUCCACUCGUUCGUAUCGUUUCACUUUCAUUUCCUUUAACUCCCUCUCACUCAUUUUCCAUGAAUAAUGGAACUUUUCGAAGUGCUUUACUAUCUAGUAGAUAUGAAAAAAAAUACUAUUUGUAAUGUUAAAUUAAAUUCUAGUCGUACAAGUGAUUUGCACGCGUUUUGAGUUACAUAUAAUUAGGUAUCAUUUAAUAUAUAGUACGUCACGAUUUGUUACGAUGAGAGUGUAUUUAUAAAUAGUCUAAGUACACAUUACAUAGCGUUUGUAUAUCGGAAUUUUCAUAUGGACGUGGUUUUAGAGGAAUGUAAGUAGCUACUAAUGAAAUAGCAUUAAAAUAUAUAAAUUAUUGAGCUUCUACAUUAAGUGUUAAGUGUAAUUUGCUUUGUUUUCGCGUGGAUUGCUUGUCUGAAUAACGAAACAAACAAACAUUAGCACCAGGCCCGUCUUAACCCAGGGUGCAGGGGGCAAGAAACUCUGCCUGGAUUGGGAGGCCUCGCCGAAGGUGGUCAAGUCUUGGACCACAAAUGGGGCGCCCUAGAAGGUAUCUUAAAAAGCUUUUUGAGGCGAGGAGAGAUCGGCAGAUAACUGCUCGCACCUGGGCGCUUGUAACGCCCUUAAGACGGGGCUGAUUAGCACCAUUCUAGUCAUACUAAUAGAACAUUAUAUAUCUAGUAGAGUCAUUUCAAAUGCGCUUUAUAUAUAUUUACAUAGUGUUAUUUCAUGUUUUAUUAUCUGAAUUAUAUAAAAACUAUUGUUUUAUAUAAAAUUAUUUAUGUAAGUAAAUUUAUAUCAAAUAUGAUUUCAAUGGAAAGAUUUGUAACGAAUCAAUGUAUGAAAGACAUUCUGACCAAAAUAAACAAUAAAUAAUAGUUUAAAACUCGAGUUAUGUUUAAAUUAAUAAAAAUUUAUUAAUCCUACAUUCUCCGAAAUGGGGCUUAAUUUUCACCAAUAAUUUUGUCAAUUAGAUACUUCACAGGGUUUUAAAAUUAUUUAUAUAAAAACAUAUCUGCGUUACGGUCUCUUUCAUAUUGAUUUUAAUAAACCAUUGUUAUAAUCGUCGUCGUGCAUUCUGGGAAUAAAUGAAAUAUACCUAAUUAAAUGAAUCCGCUUCCAGAACGUUUCGUUACUGUCUACAUAUAAAACGAAAAUAAAUGAAUACGAAAGAAACAUUGUUUACGUAUUUUAUUUAUACAUUUUUACAGGAAAUUUUAUAAAAUUAUUUGGUAAUAUUUAUUACAAGUGUGCAAUAUGAUCUCAAUUUUUACCUCGGUUCUGUAGAUUGUGUAAGGAUUAAUUUUACUUAGAUCUUGUGACAUACGAUUAGCUUGACUAGCAUUAGUUUUGUAUGUGAGACCUGUCCGAUGUAUUAUAUGCCGUUAUUUGUACAAAAUUAUAUCAGUGAAAUAAAAUAAA